GGGUUCUCCGGAGUAUUAGAAAUAAUUGAAGAAAGAAAUGAUAUAUUCCAGUUAAUAUUUUUGAGGUCCUCCUGUCGUGGGAGAUUGACAUAAUGAAAAAAUAGAAAAUAUUUCAUUCAAAUAAACUAUUCAUUAUAUCCGCACAAUUCUUAUGGACCCAAACAAAACAAAACCACACAACCACAGAUACGUAGGUGGGGAGACGAGAAAAUUAUCAAAGAUAUGACCCCCACAGCCACCGUACUGAUUGUCAUGUCAUACAUAAGUAAGCGAAAAGUUUGUGUGGCUUAGCCGUGGGAACUUUGAGUCCCUAUUGAUGUAAAGAUUCUGAGAAAUCUCGACUCCCUGCAUGCAUGAGUCUUACCAGACUACAACUGGUUAUGAUUCUGUCCCUGACCAUUUUUUUAAUAUAAAUAAGCUCGUGACUGACCAUGUUGAGGCUUGUAAUCCCUUUCUUAUACUUGGCACUAGUAAUAUUCCCUGUUCUUUGCACUGAUAAAUAUAGUAGACGAGAUUUCCCUCCUGGUUUUAUUUUUGGUUCUGGCACCUCUGCUUAUCAGGUGGAAGGAGCUGCUAAUGAGGAUGGCAGAAGUCCUAGCGUCUGGGAUACCGCUGCUCACAAAGGAUUUAUGGAUGGUGACACUGGAGAUGUAGCAGUCGAUGGGUAUCAUAAAUACAAGGAAGAUGUUAAACUCAUGGUUGAAACUGGGUUGGAUGCAUAUAGAUUUUCUAUUUCAUGGCCUAGACUUAUCCCAAGUGGAAGGGGACCUGUCAAUCCAAAGGGCUUACAGUAUUACAACAACCUCAUCAAUGAGCUUAUUAGUCAUGGCAUCCAACCACAUGUCACUCUUUUCCACUAUGAUCACCCCCAGGUACUUGAAGACGAGUAUGGAGGAUGGCUUAGCCGAAAAAUGGUGGCUGACUUCACAGAUUAUGCAGAUGUCUGUUUUAAAGAGUUUGGUGAUAGGGUCUCAUACUGGACGACUCUGAAUGAGCCUAAUGUCUUUCUAAUGGGAGGUUAUGACUUGGGAAUUUUUCCACCCAACCAUUGCUCUCCUCCAUUUGGAGUCAACUGCACCGAAGGCAACUCCUUAACGGAGCCAUACUUGGUUGCUCAUCAUAUCUUGUUGGCACAUGCUUCGGUUGUGAGAUUCUACAGGGAAAAGUAUCAGGAUAAGCAACUUGGAUUUAUUGGGAUAAAUCUCUUCGUCUAUGGGUUUGUUCCUCUGACAAACUCAAUAGAGGAUGUGCUUGCAACUCAAAGAGCCAGUGACUUUUAUGUUGGCUUGUUUAUGAACCCCCUAGUGUUUGGAGACUAUCCUGACACAGUAAAGAAAAAUGCAGGUUCAAGACUACCAGCUUUUACCAAUUACGAAUCCAAACAGGUUAAGGGUUCAUUCGACUUUGUGGGUGUGAAUCAUUACUGCACAGUUAACAUCAAAGAUAACUCCAGCGCUUUGGAAUCAAAAGAUAGAGAUUUCAUGGCAGAUAUGGCAGUAUCUUUGCUUUUCCUGGCAGUGAAUUGGUUGAAUCCAUCAGCAACCGAGUUUCCCAUAAGGCCUUGGGGUCUGCAAUUAGUGCUGGAGUACUUCAAGCAAGUUUAUGGCAAUCCUCCUAUUUACAUUCAUGAAAAUGGGCAAAGGACUGAGCGAAAUUCGUCAUUGGAAGACAUUUCCAGGGUGGAAUACAUCCAUUCAUACAUUGGGAGUCUGCUUGAUGCUGUCAGGAAUGGAUCAAAUGCAAGAGGGUACUUUACAUGGUCUUUCUUGGAUGUGUUCGAGUUAAUGGAUGGGUACGUGUCAAGCUUUGGCUUGUAUUAUGUGGAUCUAAAUGAUCCUGAAUUGAAGAGAUACCCUAAGCUCUCUGCACAUUGGUACUCUCAGUUUUUGAAGGGAGGAAGCGUUGGUUCAGAUCAACUUAUCCAACUUGGCAAAAACUCUGCUUCACUUGUCAGUUAACAGUAACUUCUUUCAGUAGAUUACAGAAUCUAGGACACUGAGUAUAUUCAUUUGAAGGCCUGUACUGCUUUUCACUUGCAAUGGUGCUAAAUUGUGUCAUUGCCGGAAACAAUAUCAAUAACUAAAAUGCUGCAAAAUCUCCCUACUCGCUGUAAGACUAGAGUGUAAAUUAUAUUGAUCAGGAAAAUAAUUUAUUUUAGUUACCUUUUAA